AUGCUCUCUAUUCUCUAUACUGUAUCAAGAUGGUACAGCAGUACGAUGCUGCGCUACUUCUAUUCCCGCAAUUCUCCAUGUACUUCUGUUAGUAACGAUCUUAUACGCAGUAAGCAGAAGCCUAAGUUUACACUUAAGAAAAGGAGAUGGUUUACCUGCGGAUGGACACUGCAAGAGCUCGAAAAGACACCGAAGCAGAACGUGCUAAAGAGACUAACGUUAUUCUCGCCUAGAUUAGGCAACUUGUACAAGCGGAUGAUACAGAAAAUGAGCGAGUCUGAUGACGCCGCCGUCUGUCGCUGUGUGCUGACUUCUUGUUUGCAUCGAAAUGCACCACACUUAAUACAAUUAUAUAUAUCUGGGGUCUGUCAAUAG